AUGCCAUUGACUUGCCAUCAUGGCAUGCAGCUGCAGGAGUACGUGGAAGACACGGAGGACUACAUAGACUUCAUACCCUUCUCUGCUCCUUACCACCGCUCUGAACAGCUGCGGGAGUACGUGGAGAACACGGAGGACUACAUAAACAUCAUGCUAGACGAGAAGCAGAACAGCCUGCUGCAGAUGAACGUGCUGCUCACCACCGCCACACUCUUCAUCUCCUUCUUCAUUGUCGUCACGGGCGUGUUCGGGAUGAACAUCGAGUGCUCGUAUUUCGACCCGGAGGUCCUGUCUAAUUACAACGUGUUUUAUUAUGUUGUGAUUGGGAGCACUGUAGCAUGUAUCGCGUCGUUUAUUCUGUCGGUGGUGUACAUGCGCAGCAGAGGGCUCAUUGUGCCGUCCGCAUGA